GCGUUCUCUUCUCUCGGGUUCACAAAGUAUUCAACCGAGAUGGUAAAAGUUUUGAUUCUUGGUGCAGGUUAUGGUACUAGACUUCAGCGUGACUUGAAGGCUUCUGCCCAAUAUAAACAUUUGUUGGGCGUUCCUAAAGCUUUGUUACCUCUUGGUAAUCGAGAUGCUCUCAUUACUCAUUGGGUUGAACUCUUUGACAGACACGGCAUAACGGCAAGAAAAGACAUUUUCGUUGUCACAAACGGACAAUGUUACGAAGCAUUCAAGGUUUGGGCCACUGCUAAUGGCGUUCCCCUUGACCAUAUUGUAAGUGACGGAACAGACUCCAAUGAAACUCGUCUCGGUGCGGUGCCUGAUAUUUUAUUUGGCAUUCAACAUUUUGGCUUGGAUCAAUCGGAUGUGCUCGUAGUUGGCGGUGAUACUUUGUUCUUGCAUGAUUUCAACCUGAGUCAAUUCUUGGAAAAGUUUAAUUCUUUAAACGAAAAGAGCUGUCUUGUAACAACCUAUUUGGUACCCGAUGAAGAGGUUCAUAAAUUUGGUAUUGUAGAAACUGAUCGAGAAGGCGUUAUCACAAGUUUCUUGGAGAAACCUGAUCCUUCCGCUACUAAAGCACGUACUGCAUGUCCCUGCUUUUACUUGUUCCACCGUGAAGCUAUACCCUUGAUUGAAGAGUUUAUCCAUGCUUGUAAAGAAGCCAAUGCGCCAAAGGAAGCAUACGAUGCAACAGGAAAAUGUCUUGCUUACCUCUAUCCUCGUUUUAAGGUUUCAACUUUUUCUAUCUCAGGUCGUAUCGAUGUGGGUGGAUUGCAGUCCUAUAUCGAUGCCAAUGUCUACUUUGACAAGAAAACAGAUUAAAUAACACUCGCGUAUUUAUUUUAGAUAUAAAAUAAAAAAUUACUUUUUAUUAUUA